AUGGCCUCAGAGAAGCGGGAUGACGCGACACAGCCGGCUGCCUCAGACCAAGGGCUGCCGGAACCCCCUGCCAUUCACCCGUCCUUCAUCCAGGUGGCCAAGCCGUAUGUCUUUGAGCAGACCAUACAGAAAUGUAUUGCGGCCAUGGGGGUGAAUCCCCUGCGCGAGGAAUCUCUGCGCCUGCAAGGGGUGACGUGGAUUGAUAACGUCCGCCGGGUGCUCUAUCUACCUAUCCGUACUUUCAACACUGCUGUGGUCUACUAUCACAAAUUCCGGCUGAUCCACCCCGACACGGAGUACAACUACAUGGAUGCUGCUGCGGCUGCCCUCUUCACAGCCUGCAAGAUCGAGGACACCCUGAAGAAGUCCCGCGAGAUUGUCUGCGCUGCGUACAAUCUCAAGCUGCCCCCAUCAGAGCACAUGGCUCCAGAUAACCCAGUUUUCGAGGCGCACGCCCGAGGCAUCAUUGGGCUAGAGCGACUCAUGCUCGAAGCGUCUGGCUUCGAUUUCCGAACCCGCCACCCACAAAAGACCCUGAUCAAACUAGCCCGACAUUAUGGCAUGAUGCCGCAGUCUGAGGUCUCCAACCUCGCCUACCGCAUCUCGCAGGAUCUGUACCGCACCUUUGCGCCCAUCAAGCAGACCAGUUCCACCAUGGCGUUUUGCUGCCUUGAGCUCGCAGGCCGUUUGCUGGACCAGCGCCUAGAGCCCGUGGAGCGGGGGCUUGAUUACGAGCAGUGGAAGACCAGCCGCGAGGAAGUCAUGGAAACCCUGUUCGAUUUGCUCGAGCUAUACACCCACAAUCGCGGAUCCACCUGCGUCGGCCCGCACUUCCCCGCCGAUCGAUUCCUCACCGUCCGCAUCCCCCUGAACAAGGAAGCCGAGGCCCAGCAGCUACCACGCUACACGCACUGGGUCGACGAGACCCGAGCGCCCCGAGCGCUCAACGGCGCCAGAGGCGGCCGGAACACCGCCGCCGCACAGAGAGAGAAAGACAAGGGCGGCGCGCCGCCGCUGCACCCCCUUACGCCCGUCGCGGCCAACGGGGAGCGGCCCAAGCCCGGCGAGCGCGGCCGCGACGGCGCAGUCCGCUUCAUGAUCGAUCCGGAAUGCGCGGAGGCGGAGAAGGCGCGGGUGGCGGAGUACUUCAAGGUCGAGAUGGAGGAGUACGAGGUCGAGGAAUGA